AUGCCACCCAAGAAGCGCGCCAACGGGCCGUCCCAGCCUUCGACACCAACCAAGAAACAAAAGACCGGGCAGCAACCGGCUCUGACUUCGUUUUUCACAAGCCCGUCAGCCUCUUCAAGGCCCACCUUCCAAAACGAGCCAUGCUCACCAACUCUGAACGCGUCCAAAGCCAAGCAGAAGCGAGUCUACGCGGAUCUGGACGGCAACGCGGACCACCACGAUACCAAUGGAGCCCUCCUGUCACAAGAGGAGAAGGACGCGGCAUUUGCGGUAGAGCUCGCAGCUGAGGAAGCGGGUGUCUCUGUUGCCGAGUACAGGUCACGAAUGGAAGGUGAUGAAGAUCUUGCUAGACGCUUACACGACGAGUGGUCAGGACUGCAUGAUGAGGGCAACAAGCUCGCUUCCCCUGGUGCCAAAGCAGGUCCAUCUUCCCCACCACGAAGACCAAACAUUCCAGCGGCACCUACGUCCCCGAGUAAGAAGCCUCUUGCGACAUCCAGAACUGUCGAUUUGGCUGCGUUGGACGCAUCUAUCCAGGCAAUUCCUCUCGGGGACGACAUCUUUGUCUUCGAUCCCUGGGCUGUAGAUACCUCCUCCUGGCCCGCAACUAGCGACAAAGACGGCAGAUUCGUGCCCACCACUCCCUACGCCCUCUUGACGCAUGCGUUCGUCAACAUCACAGCCACACGGUCGCGGCUUGCCAUCACAACGCUCCUCACUAACCUCCUUCGCACGGUACGCGCCCAUGAUCCCGAAUCGUUGUUACCCACUGUCUACCUGGUCAGCAACCACAUCGCGCCUCCUUACGAUGGCAUCGAGCUCGGCUUGGGCGGGUCCAUAAUCAACAAGGCCAUCAAGUCAGUCACGGGAAAGUCGGCCAGGUUCAUGAAACAGGUGUGGGACAAGACGGGCGAUCCAGGUGAUGUCGCCUACGAGGCUAAAAAGGACGUGAAAGCGCUCGUUCGACCGGCCCCCAUCACAGUGCAGCGUCUCUUUUCCAAUUUGCAUAGCAUCGCUCGGCUCAGUGGGCAAGGCAGUGCCAAUCAGAAGCUGGGUUAUGUUACUAAACUUCUGGUCGCUAGUCGUGGCGAAGAGACGCGCUUUCUGGUACGGACAUUCAUCAGUCAUCUCCGCAUCCAAGCGGUUCGGACCACCAUAGCCACAGCGCUGGCUCGCACUUUCGCACUCGUCGAAGAGACAUCAGCACCUGUCGAGCCGAGCAACGCGAAGGAGAAGGAGAGAGCAGCCUUGCUUCUCGUCCAUCCGCACGAGCGCACAGGCAUCUUGGCCAAUGCCAUCAAGCCGAAAGAACGGCAAGAUCCGCACCGUCUUGCUCUCAUGGAACGCCUAGCUAGAGCAGAGAAGUUGGUACGCGAGGUGCGGGCUCGCCAUCCCAACUUUGGCGUCAUCGUUCCCUCGCUGCUGCAGCACGGGCUGGCCGGCUUGUCGGAACAUGUUCCGCUUCGUAUUGGUACGCCCAUCUCACCCAUGCUAGGUUCCAUCACACGAUCCUUAGGAGCGAUGCACGAAAAGCUUGGUCCAAGGGCAUUCGUGUCCGAAUUCAAAUAUGAUGGCCAGCGGUGUCAGAUCCACGCCAUCUACGUGCCCAGAAGUGCGGGACCAGAGGCUCGCAGGAGUAUCAAGGAUGGCGAUGCCAAAUGCGGAAAGUGGGUUGGCAAGAACCAGGAGAUAUAUGUGAGGCUUUUCUCUCGACACCUGGAAGAGAUGACGGAAAAGUACCCAGACAUUGUGGAUAUGGUGCCGAUCUUGAUGGGACAGGAAAGCGAGGCAGAUGCCAACAUUGGGGUGACUGCUUUCACGGACUCAUCGGCAUCUCGACCCAAGGAUGAGGCGCCGGGCCCGCUGGAGGCGGAGGGCUUCGUCAAGACAACCACAGACGAGCCGCCAGUGACACGGCAGCCGAUCACCUCAUUCAUUAUGGAUGCCGAGGUGGUGGCGAUGGAUCUCGAAGGACGUCUCCUUCCUUUCCAGACCCUAGCGAACCGCAGUCGAAAAGAUGUCAACCUGCACGACAUCAAGGUCAAGGUGGGCGUGUUUGCGUUCGACUUGAUGUACCUCGAUGGUGAUUCGCUGCUCAAGUCGUCAUUCCGCACGCGACGCAAUCUGCUACACACACUCUUCCCUGCCUUGUCCCCUCAAAACCCCCUUAUAGCUCGAUUUGCGCAUGUGCGCUCUUGUGAGAGCACGGAUGCGGACGACGUUGCACGGUUCUUUGCGCAAGCGCAAGAGUACAAGUGCGAGGGCAUCAUGGUCAAGUCGCUCGACCACCAUUGGGAGGCUUCGCCGGAGUCCAAUGAUGACACUGAUGCAGAUGGGGCAAGCGACGAUGGAAUGGAUGGUGCAAACACCUCAGGACGGCUACAGAAGCUUGCGGAUAUAGUCGACGACGACCUGGCCAUGGAAAAUGAAGACGAAACGAUGAAGACGCUCGACAGCAGCGGCGGUGCCAGUAGCAGCGGCAAGCGCAGCGGACGCAACCCACAAGAGCUCGUCACCAUGCCAGCAGAGAUCGGCAAAGGCGUCAAUGGGCGCGGCAAGGCACUGCUAUCGACGUAUGAACCCGACAAGCGCUGCGAAUCCUGGCUCAAAGUGAAAAAGGACUACGUCGAUGGCCUCGGCGACUCUCUGGACCUCGUGCCCAUCGGCGCGUGGCACGGCAUGGGCCGCAAAGCCAGCUGGUGGUCGCCCAUGCUUCUCGCACUCUACGAACCCACCACCGGAGUGCUGCAAGCCGUAUGCAAGUGUAUUUCAGGCUUCACGGAUGCGUUCUACAAGGAUCUCAACGUACGCUAUGCCGAAGGAUCCGAUACAUGCGUUCCUGCCCGCUACGGCGAGCCGUCGCCGUUUGGGAUCGAGCUCGAGACGGGCAGUCUGUGGCCCGACGUGUGGUGGAAGCCGAGCGAGGUGUGGGAGAUUCGGGGCGCGGAUGUGACGGUCAGUCCGAACUAUACGGCUGCGAUUGGGCUGGUGAGCGAGGAAAGGGGGCUCUCGAUUCGGUUUCCGAGGUUCAUCAGGAAGAGAGAGGAUAAGACGGUCGAACAGGCGAGUACGCCGGCUAGUCUGGCCAAGAUCUAUUUUGAACAGCAGAAGGCUGCGCCUGCUCCGGGGCAGGGCCAGGUGGAAGAGGAGGGCAAUGGCAGCGAGGACGAGCACGAGCGGGAAACUACUCUUCAGGCUACGUCUGUCGACGAUGGGGUUGACUUCUAG